AUUGUACAGGCGAUUUUUCUAUCUCACCAGUUUCCUCCUCCAUUGGACUUUCACUAUAUUCUGAACGACCUUUCAUUUCAAACCACGCACAAAGUGCUUGAACUCGGCCUUUUCCCCAUUUGGACGCGGCUAGGUUUUCUUCUAUAG